AUGGACGACAGAUGGAUGCACAACAAGGCCAACACCGCCUACACUUCGCAACGCAACCUUCUUUCUAUGAAUGACGAGUGGAGCGGCAUUCAUCUGUCAUACGUCGCUCCUUUCGCUGUUGGUCUCUUGCAGGGCAAUUACGUGGAGUUUUAUGCGUUCUGCAGCUCCGAGAAGGGGAUGCAGGUCAGCGCCUGUGGACACUAUGCUCGCGUUGCAAGUAUACAAUGUGAGACUGUCUCCGUAGCGAUUAACAAACCUAACAACUGUUCCUUAACAAACCUUGUGUUGCCUAGUUCCAGAAUCAAAGACGCCCUGAGCAACCUGAGACUUGAUCUCGCAUACUGUCCGACGUCUGAGACGGCAAGGCCCAGUGUGCAGGGUAGUGAGGCAGUGAAUAUGCUGGAGUGGCAAAAAGACUUUCCCCAAACUAAGCAGCCCUGCCACGCUUGGGAGACUCUGCCGGACGACGAGCCUCCGCUGUGUAUUGCAGUUCGUCACCUCCACUAUGAGGCGCUAAACCGUCGUGGAGGGUUUGCGAGUAUGAGCCGGCUUAAUUUCUUCUAA